UUCCCCUAGAGGUCCUGAGCUAAGAAAGGGACAGUUGUGCAUGUGUGGAGUUUUGGAUGACCAGGCUUGUGCUGUCGUUGAAGGAGGCUUUCAGUACAUAGUUUUGGUUCUCAGUAGUGACAUGGGUGACUUUCAAGACUAUGAGCACCAGGUUGGAGGCUGGCACAAUGGAUCCGCUUCUCAUAUUUUGAAGGACAGCAAAGGUCAUAUCCUCAAACCCAUAAAGCUAAAUGCCAACCCAACCUAUGAGACGCCUACGGCAGAGAAGGACUUCCCCUUCAAAGAGAAAUCGGAAACAGAAAACAACACCCCUGAGUUAGUGCCUGUGUGCAGAGACGAACGACAGUUCUAUGAGAAAGUGAAGAACUCCACUCACCCUGAUGAUGUCUCUCUGCUGCCUCUCAUGCCCAGGUUUUAUGGCAUUGUUGAUGUAGAUGGGAAUGGAAAAAGCCAGCCACACCUGAUUCUGGAGGAUCUGGCAGCUGGCAUGAGUCUUCCGUGCAUCACAGACCUCAAAAUUGGCUAUACCAACUACUACCCAAAUAAAGAGCAGAAAAAAAAGAAGACAGCCCCACCUGCAAGCCAGAAGGAACUUGGUUUCUGCCUGACAGGGAUGAGAGUGUUUGACCCACAGACAGGCAAGCUUGUUGUUAAUUUACCACCAGGAGAGAGUAAGCUUCUCACCACAGAGGAAGUUUUGGAAAAGUUGUCACUCUUCUGUCAACACAAGCACCAACAGAGCCAAGUCAUUUGCAGCAGCAUCAUCUCCAACUUGAGGGAGAUCCACAACUGGUUCAGUAAGCAGCGCAGCUACAUUGUGCGCACAAGCUCCGUCCUCCUUGCCUACGAUGCAAGUCUGAUGACCACAACAUUGCAGUCAUCACUAGCUGUGUCUGAUUCCCAGGUAGCUUCUGACUUGAACAAAGGCAGUGAUCUGGAAGACAAAAAAGCAACUUUAAAAGUUAAAGCAAAGAUGAUUGACUUUGCUCAUGUUCUGAAUGCUUUUGGUGAAAAGGAUGACAAUUACUUGUCCAGUCUGGAGAGUUUGAUGAAUAUUUUCUCAAACAGGAUCAGUUAACGAAAGGUUGCUGCAUUAGCAAUAGAUAAAAAAGCAAAGCAUUUUAAUUAUACUUGUAUCAGUCUCUGAAUGUCUCCAUUAAGAGUAUUUGUGGGCAUUUGUCAUAUUUGAUAAUUAUUUUUUCUUUUAUGUUUUGUUUUUAGGAGUUACAUUGAAGGAGAUGCUACGUGAUAAACAGUUGUACCUCAGUAUAUGUGAAUCACUCUUCAUUUGUGCAAUCACUGGGAAAGAAUAACCAGAUCUCAAAAAACAGUGAAAUGUCUGACAUUCUUGGGUAUAUAUGUAUGUAUUUUUGAUAGUGUAGAAUGAAAGUAAAAGUUAUUUGAAGUCAUAAAUAAGAUCUGUAACUUCAUUUUAAAAAGAUGUCAGUAUUCUAUGUAAUUCUUGAAUUGUAUGCUACAACAGAAAGGAAAGUUAUGCUCUUUAAGACUCACUGACAAUUUUGUUUCCUUUCUUUUCUCCUUUUCUUUUAUUCCAUGGGUAUGAUUUUUUUAUUUACUCAAUCUUGCCCAUUAUUUUUGUUAAACACUUUGAUAUAUUUUUUUGGUAAAUAAGUUAAAAUAUAUUUUGUAAAACAGUUUUUUUUAUCCUAAAGGUGUAGCUCAGGUCAAUGAAAUCUUUUCAUUUCAGCUUCUGUUGAACAGUAGCCUGCUGCAAUGACAUACUGUAGUAUACAAAUUAUACAUUCUAUAUAGUCUUCCUUAUCAUAAUUUUCCAUAUCAGAGAACAUGUAACUGCCCAUUGAGAGGCAGAGGAAGUUCAUUAUGUAUAUAUUACUUGUCUGCACUGUAUGCAGUGCAUUAUCUGUUGCCUUGUUUUCAGAUGCUAAAUCUCAGGUUCCCAGUUCAUAAUGUGACAAUAUGUCUUGUACAUCUAUUUUCAUUGUAAUCAGUGUCUGUUUAAUAUUCAUCAACUAUUGCAUAAGAUCUCAGAAGAAAAUUAGUUUGAAUUUUUAUAGCUUGUAUACCAGGAGUAAAGAAGCAAUAUUUA